CACGAGACGACCACGUGGUGUGUCGGAUAUUUUGUGUUGUGUUUACAUGUAAAAAGUUAUUUUUACAUUGAAAAGAAAAGUUACGAUAGAAAAAAAGAAACAUGUUAUAUCCAGAGAUAUGGAAUCUCGAGCCACCGCCGCACCACACUUCCGUGGAAACGAUAGAUUAUAGGAAAGCAGACGUGCCUGUGGCAGUGAAGAAUCAUUACUUCAAUCAUUCGAUAUCCGUGGUACUUCCCGACACCGUUACCGUUCCUCAAAGUUUACACAAUUGUCUGUCGGAGGAUACAGAUUAUUAUCGAAUAAAUAAGCUGCGCGUCAGUGAUCUCUUAAACAUAGAGUUCAUCGAGGCUUUCGUAAAAAAAGGGGAAAUCAAUCUUCUGACAAUAGAAAAUAAAAUAGACCUGCAGAAUUCCGUUUGUCUAACUCCGACUGGACGCUUGGUACUCUCUUUGCUGGCAGAUGAUUACCAAGCACUUGGUUUAGAAGGGAAACCCUUUGCCUUCAGCCACAAACCUCAUACGCGCUACAUAGUGAGAAUCGAUUUAACAAAUGAUAGUUUUAUUCCUGGUAAGAAGAAUUAUGAAAGAGUUCGAGUAGCAUUGGAAGAACGACUCAAACAGACAUUUGAUGUCAUAGUAUCAUGGGAUUCACCAGAGAUCAACGUGUGUCCGUCAUCUGUAGCGGCGUGGUUUCACACCCGCAAUUAUAACGUCUGUCUUUGUCACCAGAAACUUUCCCAAAAAAGGACUAAAUAUUCAUUAACGAUUCCUACUUACGCAGAUAGAUGCAGUAAGACUGAUACCGAUUUCUUCGAGUGGCUUGGAGUUUUCAGCAUUGAUGGUGAUCUGUCUACUGAAAAAGAGGACGAUUAUGCAAACGCAUACCGGUGUCCUUCUCCUUCUAUAUAUGUCGGACAGGUGCAGUAUUUGCAGUGGACUGGAUUCUUUACACGAAAAAAGAUACGAGAAGUGUAUGAUGUGUUAAAACAAUAUGUAUUAUCGCGAAAUACUUUGCAGUGGGUUAGUUUAGACGUACAAGGAUUUGCAGACAGUCCCGUUAGUUUCGAUUUGAAAGAGCACAUGUUCUUCACUGACGGAGACAAUAGUUAUACUAUCGUAUUUCGACCUAAAGGUGAAGCCGUUAUACGAAGAAAUUUAAGCUCUAAUAACAAAGUUAAGUAAAUUGUUAAAUUGUCAAUAAAUAUAUAUUUUACACUA